AUGGAGGGACAGAUUAGACAACUAAAAGACAUUUUCGACCGGUUCGACAUGGAUUCAGACGGAAGCUUGACAAUAUUAGAACUCGCUGCGCUUCUCCGGUCACUCGGCCUCAAACCUUCAGGCGACCAAANCACGGGCAUUGUUGCGUUGAUGGGAUUCUCCAUAUUUCUCUUCUUUGUGACAAACAAAGGAGCCGGUCAUGUUGUCUCCGGAAGAGGGUAUAGAGAGUACCGGACGUAUGAAUUCUCCACUUGGCUUAACGGGUUCGUUGGUGGUAAAAGAUGGGUUGGGAUAAGAUCUUGUUUGGCUGAGGCUAGGGUGUGUGAUGAUUUGAGUGAUGGUCCUGUUAGUCAGAUCGCUGAUGCCUUUUAUCACAAGAACUUGUCUCCAAUCCAGUCAGGGUGUUGUAAGCCGCCAUCAGAUUGCAACUUCGAGUUCAGAAACGCUACUAUGUGGAUGCCGCCGACCAAAAACGAAACGGCGGUUGGGGCGAACAACAACGAAGACUGCGGUACAUGGAGCAACGUGCAAACGGAGUUGUGUUACAAUUGCAACGCAUGCAAAGCGGGAGUGUUAGCCAACAUAAGAGCUAAAUGGAGGAAUCUUCUGGUCUUCAACAUUUGUCUCCUCAUUCUCCUCAUCAUCGUCUAUUCCUGCGGUUGCUGUGCUCGUCGUAACAAUCGGACGGCUAGGAAAAGCGAUCAUGCUUAAAUUUUAAUUGCUUUUGUUUCUUCUAUGUUUUCUUUUAGUUUGUUUGUUUUUCUUUAUUAAGGUCAUUUAUGUUUCUUUGCUUCUUAGGAUAAUGUCACGUCUGCUUUCACAACAAUUAUCAAGAAUUUAGCACAUUUCACUAGUUUUACCAUCGGCAUUUCAUA